GUUUUCAACUAUAAAUACCGUUCGACAAGUACUUCUCGUAUCACAAGUGAAAUAAACUUUCGCACAAUGGAGAAGUACGUAGCGAUCCUGGCUCUCGUCGCCGUAGUGGCUGGAAUCCCCGUGGAUCAGACCUUGGAGAAGGUCGAUCUGAGGAUGGACGGUCGUAUCGUUGGUGGAGAAACAGCAUCCAUCUCCGAAGCUCCCUAUCAAGUCAGCUUACAAAUGAAUGGUCGCCAUUUUUGCGGAGGUUCCAUAAUCGGGAGUAACUGGGUGCUAACGGCUGCCCAUUGUGCCGUCUAUCCCGUUAACUCGUUAUCCAUCCGUUCCGGAUCGACUAACGUCAAUUCCGGUGGCGCUGUGCACAAAGUACAACAAGUGAUCAAACACGGAAGCUACCAAACUAACGCUAGAGGUAUUCCAAUCAACGACAUUGCUCUUUUCCGUAUACAAGGGUCCUUCAGUUUCGACAACAACCGCAAAGCAGCGGCACUAUUCCAAGGAAAUUCCGCGAGUCUGACCGGUAAAAACGCGUUGAUCACCGGAUGGGGAAAUACAAAUUCGGGAACACCGACGGUGCUGCACAAAGUGACCGUUCCUAUGGUCCAGACACAGGAAUGCAGCAACAAUUACAGAAACUACGGUGGAGUACCUCAAGGACAAAUCUGCGCGGGACUCGCGGCUGGUGGCAAAGACUCCUGCCAGGGUGACUCCGGUGGCCCACUGUUCCUUGGUGGAAAUCUCGUGGGAAUCGUUUCAUGGGGUAUGGGAUGCGGCACGCCCAAAUACCCAGGUGUCUACACCGACGUCUCUUACUAUCGUCAAUGGAUCGUCAAACCGCUGGAAUUUAAUUCAUUGAUCGACGAUACUUGGAACGCUCGUCUAAUCGAUACACAAGAAUCAUUAGCGAUUUUUAGGCUCAAUUCUAUUCUUCAUCACCGUAUCGAUUCGUCGAGUAACUUUGCCAAAGGUUAAAACGAAUUUGCGAUAAAACUUUCCUAUAAAUUUUUAUAUGAUAAAUGAUGCAACGUGGAUUGUAUAUAAAUAAAUGAUUCUUGCUCCUUGUUUUCAUUAA